UCUGAUAACUAUUUUUCAUAUCAGUACAUAACUAAAUAUCAAUUGUUUGUACGGAAGAGAAAGCAGCUACUUACAUAGUAUAUACAUGCAUCUCUCUACUGAACGAGAUAACAAAACUCCUAAUUGCAAAAUUAAGGAAGAUAGUAAUUAUAACGUAAAAAGCGGGCAUAGAUUCGUACUGUUAAUUGGAGUGAGAGUUACAUCCACUAAAAGAAGAAUCAAAUCAAUAAAAUGGAGGGUAGCUAUUUGUAUAUAAGGAAUCUUACUUUAAUUAACAAAGAAAGAAUAGUUUUUCGAAUAAAUCAAAUUUCUAUAAAUGCAAUGUAGAAAUAUGGAGAACUUGCUUAAAAUACACUAAGUUAGAUAUCACUUUUCAAAAAUAUUAUAGCAUUCAGGUUUAAAGUUUAGAUAUUAUUAUUUAUGGUUUAGUAUUAAAGGAGUACAGUUAGGUUUAUAACCUUUAUAAAUAAGUUUUAAACAUUUAUAAAUGAUUUAGGAGGAUUAAUUUUAUCUUUUUCAUAAUAAACUUAAAAUAUUUAUAAGAUGGUUAUCAUCUAAAGUAAUUUGAAAAGUAAUAUCAAGUUUGUGGUAAAAAUGGAAUUUUCUUUUAAAUAUGCAUAUACUUUUAUUUUUGGAAAUUUAAAAAUGUAAAAAGAAAUCAAAUUCUACUAAUGCGGAUAUAGAGUAUAUAACAUGCACAUUUGUUAAAAUACUAACAUCCAUGUGUUUGGAAAAUAAUAAGGCAGUUUUUUUUGUUUUUUUAUUAUUAUUUUUUAUAGUGAAGCAGUAACAUUACUGCAUGCAUACUGGUACAAGUUUUGAUUAGUUUACAAUAAUUAAUUUUAUUGAUAAGAAAAUCAAUAUUACAUAGAGAUUAGUUUUUAUAUAACAAUGAUUAAAAUUUCAGAUCGAAGUUUUUAAUCUAGAUCUAAACGUAGAGUUUGGUUAGAAUUUUAUGUCGUGUACCGCUAAAGAAACUAGAGACAUGUCAUGUAUAUAGGACUUUACUUUUUGUACAUGCAUCAUGUAUCACAUUACAUGCAUAUUUUAUAUAAAAUAUAUUUUCGUCAGAUUUAACAAAUUGUUUACUAAGUGAAAUCUAUUAAUAUUACGAUCUGGGAUAUAAUUACGAUCUGUUAAAUUUUAUUUGUUCAGAUCAAUUAAGAUCCAUUUAGAAAGGACGUAGCCAAAUCCUUUUAUUGAAUUAAGGUUCCAUGGAUAUCUUUUUACGAUUCUUAAAGAUACUUACUAAGUUUGAUCCUUAGCUCUUUUUAACCACGGUUUUAAUAUAUAUACAUGAAAAAAAAUACUUACAAGAAAGUAGUGUAUAAAGCUGUAACAAAUUAAAUUACUAUAUAGUUAUAUGAAACUAAUAGUCAGCAUAUACAUAAUACAUGAUGUAUACAGGCUUGGUUACAAAAAGUAGUUACGUAUUAUUGUGCAGAGAAUCUAUCAUCUAAAGAGAUGCCGUGUGUUUACUAUUAGAGGAUGCAUGUGGUGUGAUGUAGGGUAGAUCUGUGUAAGUGACUGGCAAUAUCACGGUGAAGGCCCAGACAAAGGUACAUAAGAAGAAACGAUCUCUCUGAUCUUUCCUAAGUAUCUGAAUCUCGUUAUUGUUUUUUAUUUUAUUUUCUUUAACUUUUAACAGAAAAGUAGAUUUUUUUUUUAAUCUUUUACGUCGUGGACAUGCAUGGACAUUGGACGCUUUUCUUUUUCCUUUUUUUUUCUGAGUUAAAUUUGAUUUUUUUUCCUGAACCACUGUGUUUCUUUUCGAUCAAUCUUUCUGAACUACUUUAGUUGUUGACAACAAAAACAACUUGUAUUGAUAAUUUGAUACUCGAACGUUCGUGCUUUUUAAGCUCCUUUUUUGUUGUUGAGGAUUUUGGUAUCACUAACCUAGCUCGUAUCUAAGAUAGUAAGAUUAAUGAUCUUAAAUAUAAUGAUGUGAAAGGAAUUUAACUAACAGAAACAGAUUAAUGUAACUGGUAAAUCGAAAAUUGAGUGUCGGUUUGAGGUGAAUUUGAAUAUCACACGCUGUAUUUAACAAAGAAAAAAGGAAUAAUUCAAGAAUUUCAGUUUUAUGUGAGUAGCUAUGUGAACAGAAACCUAGCUAGGUAGAACUGCUAGAUGUAAAAAAAAUCGCCAACAUGAUAUUAUAUUAUUUUUACUUGGUUGACAAUUUGCAUAUAUGAAUACAAUUCAUACGUGGCUAUGUUAAUAGGUAUUCAUUGUAUAAAACAUUUUAUUCGUUGUAAAGUACGAUGGAGACAAGCGAAGCAAGUAAAACGUAACGUGCAUGCAUCCAUAUUAAUUUAUUUAUCCUUAUAUAAUACUUAUCAAACUAGUUUCCAUAUUAAUUUAUUUAUCCUUAUAUAAUACUUAUCAAACUAGUUUCCAGAAUUUUAUUUCAACAUUUAGUGGGUAAUGAUCAUGAUGGUCCUCUCUUGGAUGUUUAUGUUUCAUUUCAGAUUCUUUUUAACAAAUAUCAUCUACAAGAUCCUAUAUAUAUUAUAUCUAUUGACUAUACAUGACAAAAAUAAAAUAAUACAGUACUAGUACUGAAAAAGAGAAAUUAUUAUUUGUAUAAAAAUGAAAAAUCAAUGUAACUAAAAGGCUAACAUAUAUAAUUAUGAUGGAAAUUUGCACCAGAAACUGAUAUAAAAAUAUUUCAUUACACAAAAAAUAUAAAUAUACAUAAUGGGCCUCGAUCAAAAAAAAAAUACAUAAUGGGCGAACAGAUAAAUCUCCAGUCAUAACUGGAGAAAAAUGAAAAUUUCCUAAAAAACUGAGUCUACAACCAAACUUAAAAUUACAACUGUUUUAAGUUCCAAACAGAUAACGAUAUAAAAUCGAAUUAUUUGGAAUUUGCAACAAAACCGACAAAAGACUUUACAGUCAAUUAUUUAAGAACUGGUUUUGUUUACAAAGAUAUUAGAGAAAUUCCGUAUGAUAGACUUAAAUUUUUUUUUUGUCAUAAAUAUACAUCUUAAAAAUAAAAAAUAACCAAAAUAGAUUUAAAUAUUUUAUCAAAAAAAUUAAUAUAUACUUAUAUCCAUAAGAUUAAUUAAUCUAAACAUUAGGGUUUAUAGUUAAGGAAUGAGAUUUAUGGUUUAAGGAUUAGGGUUUAAGAUUUAGGGUUUAUAGUUUAGAGUUGAACAGUGAGGUUUUAGGAUAGGAUUUCUAAUUUUUUUAUAAAAAAAAAUUAAAAUUAAAAAAUUAAAAAAUAUUAUUUUGAUCAUUUCAGUUUUUGAAGUAUGUUUUGUGACAAAAACUUAAAAAAGAUUUAUUUCAGAGAAUUGCCGAUAAUAUCUUCAACGAGAUAUAACCACAUGCCAUAUGCUAAAAUGGUAAAACAAUAGGCUGGGGGAAAGUUAGAAAGUAUUGGGACCAUUUAUAUAAUAUAGAAUACAUACCAAACCCCAUCAACUUUUCUUGAUUCUUUCCGAUUGUCCUCAUACCAUUUAAUUUUGUGAAGUCGUUACUUCACUGUUGUGAUUGAUAUCUAGUUCACAAUUAAAUAAAUGCCACAACUCAUUUGGUCAGUUUUUGAUGUAGACAUGAAGAAAAGGAAGCUUUGCACGGUUUAGCUUUCCAAAAGUUUGUGUAGGAUUUAAUUAUUUAUGGUCCCUCUUUGUUUAGUAGAUGGCUGAAAAGGGGUUUGUUAAAGGGUUGAUGGAUUCCAAACUCGCAUGUGAAUCGGGCUGUCUUCAAAUGCUUUUGACUAAAGGGAUUGAUAUAUCAUAUAUAGAUCAAUUGGGUACUAGAGAUAGCUAAGCUUUAGUAAUGAUUUAUCUUCUUCUUCUUCUUUCCUUUUUCUUAUGUCGAGGUUCCACUAUGAAAAUCAAACACGAGGUCGUUGGCAUUGUUGGUAUUGAGUCAUGUCAUUUUUCAACAUCUGUACCGGGGGACUUCACUUUUCAAAAAGUCCUUAUUAUCACUAAAAUCAAUUUUUUUUUGAUCGAAAAUUAUCACUAAAAUCAAUUAUGAUGAAAACUUCACUUGUUUUUGAAACGUGGAGUGUGAUCUCUAGGUUCUUUGGUCCAAUAGAGUGACCAAGGCUGGUAUCAAGGAAGUCCUGUUAGCGGCAUCACACAAGUCUACACCUAACGUCUGGAUUCGCUCCGACUCUCUCGAGCUCAUUAGAGCUAUCAACUCGAACACAUUUUCUAUGGAGCUCUAUGGAGUUCUCAAGGACAUCGAGUCUCUAUCCUCUAUUUUUACCUUUGUUUACUUUUCGCAUGUGCCAAGGUUAAGUAACGCUUAUGCUGAUUCGCUUGUGAAGAAUGCAUUGCUACUUAACCAUGCUAUCUUCUAGUAAAACUCCUUUAUUAAUAUAAUUGAUGUUGUUCAAAAAAAAAAAGUGACCAAGGCUGGUCCAAUUGUAAUCACAAUAGCGAUGAAUGAAAUUGUAAUGUCUCCCCCCUGCAUUGCUACUUAACCAUGCUAUCUUGUAGUAAAACUCCUUUAUUAAUAUAAUGCAUGUUGUUCAAAAAAAAAAGAGUGACCAAGGCUGGUCCAAAUGUAAUCACAAUAGCGAUGAAUGAAAUUGUAAUAUCUCCCCUCCCCCCCCCUCCCCCCCGACCACUUUGGUCUGUGGGUUUCAUUCCGCAUUACAUUAAUUUUUCAAAGAUUCGAAAGAUUUGUUUACCAACCAUGCAAUCAAAGAAUGAUUUUUUUCAUGUGUUUGACCUCAUACAAUCGCGAAUCAUUUUUGAUAAAUCACAUAUCUCUUAAUUUUAAAGUUAUUUCUAGAUUUAUGACCGACAAGUUAAAUAUACUUUAAAAUUAAUACCCAUGAUCGACCCAAUAAAUCUUAUACGGAUAAAAACCCAACCCAUUAUUAGUGGAUUUGGGUAAACCCAUGGGUAACUACCCAUGUUAACAUCCCUAUAGAUAGUGAUCUCGUAUCUUUUCAUCGAACAAUAAAUCGAAUUUAUGAACACACAUGCUCAUCGUUCUCGUUAUUAAUUGUACCUUUUGUCAAUCGUUCUUUUAUGGAUUAGCGUCCAUGAUAGAGCUCUCCAUGAUUAAUACUGUUUAUACUGUCACUUAGCAUGUUUCGAUAUUUUGGGGGGCAUUAAACUCAAAGUUUAUGUACUAUUCAGUUAGUCCGCACCCACUCUCCAAUAUAAUGGUCUAAUCUUUUUCAAAUUUACAGCCAGGCAUAGUACGUAGCCAGUCAGUUUUAUAUAUGAUGUUUUAAGACAAUGAUCCUUAUACUUAGUGUACUCGUCUCAAGUAUUAAAAUGCAAUAACUUCCACGUCUAGUCAAAGAGAUUAUAUGACAAAAACUAUGAAAGUUUAUAUAUAUAUUAUAAGGACAAAACAAAUUCUCAGUUAAAAUAUUAAUUAGUGUUUUUGAACUACGUAUCCAUUCAGAAGCAGAGUCUAGAUUACGUUGACCUUCUAAAUAUAUUAUAACUUUCUUAAGUAAUCAAUCAAAGCCAAAUCAAGCUUAACUAUAUAAAAUGUCUCGAAUAUCUAGAAUUUCAGACAGAUUAGCUCGUGGCUCGGGUCAAAUAAUUUUAUUCAAACAUAGGUUUGCAAGAAACUUCUUUGUCGAAAAACAUCUUUAUCAGAUUACUUUACCUAUUACUCGAGUCUUGGGUACCUUCACAAUCACAUGAACUGAAAAAAAAAAACACAAAUGGACCACUAGUAAAUUGAACAUUGGACAUUAGUAUGUAAGCAAUGGAGUUUUAGAAACUAUUCGGGUAAAAUGAUUUCUAUGAACUAUAGAAGAAGAUUCAGGCUAUACAUAUAUAUAUAUAUAUAUAUGAAUAUAAAUGUAAUGUAUACUGAAUUAAGAAAAUGGUACCUCUCUAUAUAGCUAGCAACAACCAUGACUCUAUGACUAUGAGUUGUUGGCAAUUGAUAUAUUGUUGACAAUUUACGAUAUUUUGGGGGUGCAUUCCCAAUUAAUGGACAAUAUAUUUCAAAACAAAUUCUGCGUAAAUAGUAACAAUGCAUAUAUUAAGAACUCCUCGGAUAUAUUUUCAAAAGUGCAUGAAAUACAAAAUGCACAGCUGGUGGAUCGUUGUCUUAGAUCAAUGAAUCUAUAAGAAAUCAAGAAAAAAAAAUCUUGUGACUAGUUUAUUAUUAUCGUAUAAUAAUUGAUUAUAACUAAUUUGUAAUGAAAUCCAUAAUUAAAAAAAAAAAAGUUUCUUCCAGGCCUGAUGAUUGUCCAAUAGGCAGGGGUAUUUUAUCUGGAUUACAAUGCCCAGGCUUGGGCCUAGUCCCAACUCUUUAAAAUUCGUGGCAUGACGUCAUCCGAAAGCCGGUUCUGUUAAAAAUAAGGAACAGACAUGCCAAGUAACGUAUCCGCUUAUCCAUUACACUCGUAACCUUUAUAAUCCCCUCGCCUACGCAAGCGCCUCCAUGCGGCGUUUUUUGUUCUUCGUUUCCUGCUUUGGGUUGUUCGCUUUGAUUGCCAUAACGUACGCGUGGCUCGCGUUUCCGCCGCAUAUCGGACGCACGGAUCAUGUGUCCUCUUCUUCCCUAGGUUGCAGAGAGGAUAACGAGGGUUCCUGGUCCAUUGGCGUUUUCUAUGGCGAUUCUCCCUUCACUCUCAAACCCAUCGAAACCAUUAAUGUAUGGAGGAACGAGAGUGCAGCAUGGCCUGUAGCUAAUCCAGUUUUAACAUGUGUCUCCUUGACCAAUUAUGGCUUUCCAAGCAACUUUGUAGCUGGUCCAUUUCUCUAUGUACAGGGUGAUACUCUUUACAUGUUCUUUGAAAAUAAAAACCCCAUUACAAUGCAAGGGGACAUAGGAGUUGCACAAAGUACCGACAAAGGAGCAACUUGGAAACCUCUCGGUAUAGCUCUGGAUGAGCCUUGGCACUUAUCUUUUCCUUUCGUCUUCAAUUACAACGAACAAAUAUACAUGAUGCCGGAGAGCAACCAGAUAGGAGAGCUUCGUCUCUACCGUGCUGUUAACUUCCCUUUAACUUGGAAGCUAGAGAAAGUCAUCUUACAAAAGCCGCUUGUUGAUUCCACCAUACUCAACCACCAAGGAAACUAUUGGCUAUUUGGAUCAGAUCAUAGUAGUUUCGGACAUCUAGAAAUUUGGUACAGCGCCACUCCUCUUGGCCCAUGGAAGCCACACAAGAAGAAUCCUAUCCACAACGGGGCAAGAAACGGAGGGAGAGCGUUUUUACAUAAAGGUAAUCUCUACCGUGUUGGUCAAGCUUCCAGUGAGAGUUAUGAGAAAAAGAUACGAAUUUAUAAAAUAGAGAUUCUUUCUAAGGAAGAGUAUAGAGAAGUCCAAGUCCCCUUUGAUUUAGAAACGUCACAUAAAGGUCAAAACUCUUGGAACGGAGUUAGGCAGCAUCGCUUCGAUGUGUUACAGCUAAGCUCUGGCGAAUACAUUGGUCUUGUUGAUGGUGACCGUGUAACAUCAGGUGAUCUGGUUUUUAGGGUUUUUCUAGGGUCUGCUUCUCUCGCAGGUGCUAUUACACUUGUUGUGUUGCUAGGGUUUUUUCUUGGGAUCUUGAACUGCAUUGUUCCAUCAACCUGGUGUGUGAAAUACUACAAAGGAAAAAGAACCGAUGCGGUCUUGAACUUGGAGACAACAAGUUUUGUGUCUGAACAGUUAAGAAGGAUGUGUUCUAGGUUAAACCGAGUACCGCCUUUUCUCAGAGGACUUGUGAAACCUAACUCCACGUUUGGAAGAUUGACACUAGGUUUGUUAUUAGUUCUAGGAGCUUUGCUCACAUGUGUAGGGAUUAGUUAUAUAUACGGUGGAAGUGGAGCGGUGUUGCCUUACACAUUAAGAGGUCAUGUAUCUCAGUUCACGUUAGCAACUAUGACGUACGACGCACGUCUCUGGAACCUAAAAAUGUACGUGAAGCAUUACUCUCGAUGCCCUUCUGUGAAAGAGAUCCUUGUCAUAUGGAACAAAGGACAACCUCCUGAACUUACCGAGCUAGACUCGGCCGUGCCAGUUAGAAUCCGAGUCGAGAAGCUGAACUCUCUAAACAACAGGUUCAAUAUCGACCCGUUGAUUAAAACAAGAGCCGUUCUUGAGCUUGACGAUGAUAUAAUGAUGCCUUGUGAUACCAUCGAGAAAGGGUUUAGAGUGUGGAGAGAGUAUCCGGAGAGACUUGUUGGAUACUACCCGCGUUUUGUUGAUGAGACAAUGAGUUAUAGUGCUGAGAAGUUUGCGAGAAGUCAUAAGGGAUACAAUAUGAUUCUCACUGGAGCAGCGUUUAUGGACGUUGGUUUCGCGUUUGGUUUGUAUCAGUCGGAGAAGGCGAGGCUUGGUCGAGAGUUUGUGGACGAGCAGUUUAAUUGUGAAGACGUUUUGUUGAAUUUUUUGUAUGCUAAUGUGAGUGGUUUGGGAAAGGCUGUGGAGUAUGUGAGACCCUCUUUUGCUAUUGACACUUCGAAAUUUUCUGGUGUAGCGAUUAGUGGGAAUACGAAUGACCAUUACAGGAAGAGAAGCAAGUGUCUUAGGAGAUUCUCUGACUUGUAUGGGAGUUUGUCUGAUAGGAGAUGGGAGUUUGGUGGGCGAAAAGAUGGGUGGGAUUUGUAGAAAAAUGAGUUGUUGCUUGUAUGGCAAGUAAAUCCUUACCUCAACUGGAACACGAAGCAGUCUUCUUACAAGAAUGAAGUUAACUUCGCCGUUGCUAGAAGCAUCGGCUUUAACGUCUCCUUUGCAGCACUAAACGUCCAUGUUUUGGCAACAAACACUACUCUUGGUUCAAGUCUUGUCUACUUUUUUUCGGUUUUUCUAAAAACAAAAUGUAAAUAUAUUCUUAUGAAUGUGUUUUGCUCUAUAUUUUAAAAAUAUUCAUUUUGCAUUUAUUAAAUUUAGAUUUAAAUAAAAUAAUUGAGUUAGAUUUAGCAAAUGCAAAAGUCGCCAAAGUUUAAGUAAGAUAAUUGAAUUAUUAACGUCUCUUUUGCAAAUUCUUCUACAUGAAUAGCAAAAAAAAAAUAGAUUUGAUUUGGGUCAAAUAAAAAUUUAAUUGAAAUGGAAAGAGAAUAGAGAUUGUGUUCCUCAGUUCGGAUCGACACGAAUAUUUGCAAUUUACUCAUCUCCUAGCCUAUAUUUUGUGUACUUUUUGCCAUUGAAAGCCUCGUUUUUUCAUGUAUUCGUGACAAAAUUUGCUUAUCAAAUACUAAGUAAAUAAGAAAUUCUGGUACGUACCAAGCAAUUUAUAUCGUUGCUCAAGGAGGGAGGGACUGAAUCGAGAAUGGCAUUAAGAGAUGUACCCGUAACUUCACAGCUACAUAAGCAGCAACGUUAACUGGGUCUCUCUUCUAAAUGAUACUUCAAAACUAUUAAACUAGUAAUUAGAGAACAUUUCAUACCAAAGUCGUGAUUUAACCAAAAUUUUAAGCUACUGUAGUAACAUUUUACAAAUGGACCCAUAACCUUACAGCUCUCUAUGAUCAAAAUUUUAAUCAACUUAUAUUCAACAUAGAUG